CGUUUACCAUCGAGCAACGCGACGAAUGCAAGCCGUGCAGACAGCACAGAUGGCGAGCGCGUCCCAGCCCCCGCCAGUAAAGAUUUACAAUGCAGUAUAUUCAUCGGUCCAAGUGUAUGAAUGCAUGGUCAGAGGAAUCGCUGUGAUGAGGCGACGCGCCGAUUCGUAUGUGAACGCGACACAGAUCCUCAAGGUCGCUGGUGUCGACAAAGGCCGUCGUACAAAGAUUCUAGAGAAAGAGAUUCUCCCUGGGAAGCACGAAAUCGUCCAGGGAGGUUAUGGGAAAUAUCAGGGUACCUGGAUACCUUUGGAGAGAGGACGCGAUAUUUCUGCGCAAUACGGUGUCGCACACCUGCUGGCGCCUUUAUUUGACUUUGUCCCGAGUUCUGCUUCGCUCGGCGGUCUGCCUGCGCAAUUAUCUGGUACUGGCGGUAUGGGUCAACGCCCUCUAUCUGCUUCGUCAUCCUUCUCCAGCCUCGGUGAUCCUGCAGGCUUCUUACCAUCUGCCCUUCCUUCAGCUCCCAUUCUCCCGGGCUCUGCCCUGCGCCUGCUCAACCAAGGACGGGCUCAAGGACUCUUCACCCCCUCCUCUUCUUCUCAUCACCAACCAAACCUCGUAUAUUCCUCUCCAUCUAAUAAUCUCACUCAGGGGCCACAGUUAUCUCAGUAUUCCACCUCGACUCCUUCGACGCCACCAGUUCAGUCCCUCAAAAGGACGCGUUCUGAAGUCGUGGGCAAUACCCCCACUCCGCAGGCCACUCUUCACUCCCUCAUGUCUUCACACUCAGUCCCUGAUCUAGCUCCUACACUGGCCGCUUCUCCGAGCAUCCAAACACCUGAUGUACCGCGACCACUAUCUGCUGUCCCAGUACCUCAAUCUAACGACGAUAAUCCGUCUCCUACCAAACGUGCACGGACGGAGCCCCCUCACCUUACAUAUCUUCAGGAGUUUCUACCGCAGCUGCAAGACGGUCAAUCUCAAUACAUGGAUACUCAGUCACAAGCAAUACCUACACAACCCAACUCCCGCGCACCUAGCGUGGCGCCGCCGCCGCUAUCUCAGUCAAAUGGCCUCGAUCGCUCGGACACGCAAUCAUUAUCGGGCAGUCAACCGAUGCCUCAGUCGAACGGCACAAUGGCACCACCCUCAUCGAGCUUCCGUGUCGAGCGUCAAUGUCGUUUCGCGACUAAACCGUCGAUUAAUCGACACAUGGACCUCACCGCGCCCUUGAAGGACCUCAGACGCAACACACUCGUCACAACGAUAUGUCAAAGGGACGACCCCGCACGUGCUUUAGAAAUCCUACGCGAGAUACCACCAGACAACCCCGGGGCACCACCAACGGUCGAUUAUGUUCUGGACGAUCUGGGCCACACGGCUCUGCACAUCGCUGCGAGCAUGGGCCGUCAGAGGACCGUCGAGACGCUCAUUGCGAAUGGUGCUGAUAUCCAUCGAGGGAAUUAUAAUGGCGAGACGCCACUCAUACGCGCGUGUCUCGCCUCGGACAAUUUCGAACAACAAUCGUUCACUACGCUCGUGACUUCUUUGCAUGAAUCGAUCUGGACGCUCGACACGUCGCGAAAGUCUGUCUUGCAUCAUAUUGUCGCGCUUGCCGGGGUGAAGAACCGAGCCAUUGUGGCGCGAUAUUACCUGGAUACGAUAUUCGUAUGGAUCGCACAGCAAGAGGGUGGCGACUUCCGUUCGAUUGUGGAUCUACAGGACGAGCAUGGUGAUACGGCGCUGAAUGUCGCAGCGAGGGUAGGUAAUCGUAGUAUAGUCCGGACAAUGCUCGACGUUGGUGCGAACCGGAUAUUGCCUAAUAAACUUGGGCUCAGACCGGGAGACUUCGGGGUUGAGAAUGAGGAGCUUGGCGGUGGCCCAAGAGUAGAGGAUCUUAUUGCUUCGUUGAGGUCGGGGCCCUCCGCGCCGGUGCAGAAGAGUCAAGACGUGAUUGCUGAUAUGACCUCCAUGAUCCAGAGCCUCAGCUCCGAAUUCUCCGCCGAGGUCAAGGUCAAACAAGACCAGCUCGAUGUCACACAAGCCCACCUCCGCGCCGCCACUCGCGAACUCUCCGAACAGCGCAAACAGAUCCAAGCCUGGCAAGCCCGCUGCGGCGAACUCGAUCAGAUCAAUCAACGGAUCCGCAACGUCGAAAAGGCUCUCAAAGACGAAGACUCGUUCGAUUGGACCGGGCGGACUGAUCUCGCAGGUAACGACGCGAAAGCAACCGCUGGUCCUGCGUUCAUGAGGCGAGGGGCGAAUUCGACAAUGGUGGGGCUGGGUGGGUUGGUGGACGUUUCGUUCAAUUUGGAGACGGACCCUACGAUCCCGCUAUCGGAUUCGGUGGCGAGUUUGGUGAGGCUGAAGAGGAUGCAAAUGUGGCAGGUGAGGAUGGAGGAGUUGGUGGCGGAGAGGAUGAAGAAUCUGAAGGGGACGAGUGCGGAGAAGGAGUUUCAGUGUAAGAAGAUUGUGGCGCUUUGUACGGGUGUGCCGAUUGACAAGGUGGAAGAGAUGCUUGACGAUCUUGUCAUCGCUAUGGAGAGCGAGGCCCAUGUAGCUGAUAUAGGCCGUGUAUCGGGCUUCAUGCAGAAGGUCCGGGACAGUGUAAUCUAAUCGUAUUUUAGCUGUCUACUACACAGCAUGUUCGCAUUGUCUUUUUAUGCCUCACUCUCACUCUAAUGUAUGCAAUAAUGACGUGCGAG